GAAAUACGCGAGAGCCUCACAUUUCGCUUCCUUCCCUCUCACUGUCACAACUCAAUCACGAGAUGGAGUCACGCCUGCUGUUACGCGCCACCGCAACGGUCACCGGCGUUCCGCAACUGAGACGACCGAUCAGAGCGGUCCACCGUCAGUUCAGCACUGCGUCUUCUCCGUCGUCUUUCGCCAAGCCGAUCGGAUCAAUCGGAGAGGGAGGGAACUUGAUCUCCGGUCGUCAGCUCCGUCCUGUGCUGCUUCUCGAUAGCUCCCCGGAGAAGAGAGAGAUUCUCAAGCCGGUUAGAGCCGCCGCUGCCGAAGGUGGUGAUUCAGCAGGGGAGAAGGUUGGAUUUCUCAAGAAGUAUCCGUGGCUCGUCACCGGAUUCUUCUUCUUCAUGUGGUACUUCUUGAACGUGAUUUUCAACAUCCUUAACAAGAAGAUCUACAAUUACUUCCCUUACCCCUAUUUUGUAUCGGUUAUUCACUUGUUCGUUGGAGUUGUCUACUGCUUGGUGAGCUGGUCCGUGGGUCUUCCUAAACGGGCUCCAAUUAACUCGGACAUCCUCAAGGUAUUGAUACCAGUUGCAGUCUGUCACGCCAUAGGCCAUGUCACUAGCAACGUUUCCUUCGCUGCCGUCGCUGUCUCCUUCACUCACACCAUCAAAGCUCUCGAGCCAUUCUUCAAUGCCUCUGCUUCUCAGUUCCUUCUUGGACAACCAAUCCCCAUAACACUUUGGUUGUCUUUAGCUCCUGUUGUACUCGGAGUUGCAAUGGCUUCGCUCACUGAGUUGUCAUUCAACUGGCUUGGUUUCAUCAGUGCUAUGAUAUCAAACAUCUCUUUCACUUACCGAAGCAUCUUCUCCAAGAAAGCCAUGACUGAUAUGGACAGUACGAAUGUCUAUGCUUACAUCUCCAUCAUUGCUCUCUUCGUCUGCCUUCCUCCUGCCAUCAUCGUCGAAGGUCCUCAACUGUUGAAGCACGGUUUCAACGACGCCAUUGCUAAAGUGGGGAUGACUAAGUUCAUCUCUGAUCUCUUUUGGGUUGGAAUGUUUUACCAUCUCUACAAUCAGUUGGCUACUAAUACAUUGGAGAGGGUAGCACCAUUGACUCACGCUGUUGGAAACGUUCUGAAACGUGUCUUCGUGAUUGGGUUCUCCAUCGUUAUCUUCGGAAACAAGAUAUCGACGCAGACAGGUAUCGGAACUGGAAUAGCCAUUGCUGGAGUUGCACUCUACUCUGUCAUUAAGGCCAAGAUCGAAGAAGAGAAACGGGUCAGUUCAUUAUUUAUUCAUUGUCAUUUUCUGUAUAUAUUAUAGUUUGAGGAAAAGAUGAUCAAUGUGAGAAAUUGAUUUUUUUUUUCCCAGCAAGGAAAGAAGGCGUAAGGAGCUACGGUCGAUGGUUGAGUAAACAGUUCCUCCGAUGAAUAUUUUAUAUAAUAAAUAACCAAAAAAUGUUGUAUCGUACAAUCAAACAUUGUUUUUGAGUUUCUCUACUCGUUGUUUUUUCUUUCUAAAGCUUAUAUAUUAUUUUUUUUUACUCUGCGUCUUUUCCUUCCAGUGGAGAACAUUGUUGCCAUUUCUUCUGCAUUGCACCUAUCUUAGUAGAUGAAAUGCAUAAUAAUGUAUUUAUUCUCUUCUCUUUUUCUUGGAGCAUUUUACCCAUCAUCUUUUUUUUUUUUGGUAGGACAUUUUACCCAUCAUCUUGAACUUAAAUUUGUUUCUUUCUGUAAUUAGUUUUUUUUUCUUGGUAAUUUUGCUCACAGAAAAAUGAUUUAUACAAUUAUAUAUCAAAUUAUUGUAAAACUGGG